GCGUGACAAGUAAUGUGAUUAUUUUUUGUAGAAGCGACUGUUAACUUGACUCAUCCACCUGGGGUGAGAUUGUGUCCUGCCGAUGGAAUUUGAUGAUGGGUGUGCGGCACAAACUGCAUCCCUAGCACUCAGCCAUUGCACCGACAGUCGAAUUUCUAAGUACGGCUCUUCAAAUCAUCGGCCACCCAGGAUAUCUUGUCUUGCAGGCGAAGGCAGCUCCAGACGUUUUGGAAGGCGUAGUAUUCAGGGUUAGACGGAUGGAGACUCGCUUUCUUGUCUGUCGCCGAAUGAUUCAAGGGGAUGUCGCUCUUGUGAUUG